CAAAUACUUUAAUCAAUAAAUCAAAUCAAAUGUGGCAACUGAUCAAUCUUCUCAUCCAAUUCUAUCCAUAAAUACAGCAUCUUAUGCACCAUUCCCUCCAACUCAAUAUCAUAUUUCAUACACAUAUUCACUCUCUCUAUAGCUAUGGCUAAUUCAUAUUUCAAACACUUCAUUACCCUUUCCCUCCUAUUUUUCUUCAUUUCACCCACUUUCUCUCAACAAUCAUUUAGGCCAAAAGCCUUGCUUCUCCAAGUCACAAAAGAUAGUGCAACAACACUCCAAUACAAAGCUCAAAUUAACCAAAGAACCCCACUAGUCCCACUAAACCUCAUCGUCGAUCUCGGCGGCCAAUUCCUCUGGGUCGAUUGCGAAAAUCAAUACAUUUCCUCUACAUACCGUCCUGCACGGUGUCGCUCUGCCCAAUGCUCCCUCGCCAAAGCCAAUGGUUGUGGAGAUUGUUUCUCGUCACCCAAACCCGGCUGCAACAACAAUACUUGUGGUCUAAUUCCCGAUAACACCAUCACCCAUACCGCGACUAGUGGUGAACUAGCCGAAGAUGUUUUAUCAAUCCAAUCCACUAACGGAUUCAAUCCAGGACGAAAAGUCUCCGUUUCACGCUUUUUAUUCUCAUGUGCACCAACUUUUUUACUAAAAGGACUCGCAAGUGGUGCCACUGGCAUGGCCGGUCUUGGAAGAACCAAAAUUGCUCUUCCAUCUCAAUUAGCUUCAUCUUUUAGCUUCGAUAGAAAAUUCGCUAUAUGUCUUUCCUCUGGAGAUGGCGUAGUUAUUUUCGGUGAUGGUCCUUAUGGUUUUCUUCCUAAUGUUGUACUUGAUUCAGAUUCGCUCGCGUACACACCACUUUUAAUCAAUCCCGUUAGCACAGCUUCCGCUUUCUCACAAGGAGAGCCUUCAGCCGAGUAUUUCAUCGGCGUGAAAACAAUAAAAAUAGAUGAAAAAGUUGUUUCACUUAACACAAGUUUGUUAUCUAUAGACAACAACGGUAUUGGUGGAACAAAAAUUAGUACCGUGGAUCCUUACACGGUUCUAGAAGCUUCUAUUUAUAAAGCGGUUACAGAUGCUUUUAAUAAAGCGUCAAUUGCUAGAAACAUAUCAAGGGCGAGUUCGUUUGCGCCUUUUGAAUUUUGUUACAGUUCAGAUAGUGUGCUUGGGACGCGAUUGGGUGCGUCCGUGCCUACUAUUGAACUUGUUUUGCAGAAUGAAAAUGUGAUUUGGAGAAUAUUUGGUGCGAAUUCGAUGGUGAAUAUAAAUGACGAUGUUUUGUGUCUUGGAUUCGUUAAUGGUGGUAAGAAUCCGAGGACUUCGAUUGUGAUUGGAGGGUAUCAGUUGGAAAAUAAUCUUGUGCAAAUUGAUCUGGCUGCUUCUAGAUUGGGAUUCAGCUCUCUACUCUUUGGACGACAGACUACAUGUUCUAACUUCAACUCUACCUCCACAGCCUAGAUGAUGUUUUUCCAAUUCAGAAUUUUUUAGUACACUUUCAAGUUUGAAUAAUUAGUGUUUGCCUUUUUUUCAUAAUAAAUGGCUUUGAAUUCAUGUCUGGCUUGACAUGGUCAAGGAGUAUAGAUUGAUGUAAACUAAAGUAUCUCUUUUCCACUUUUAAUUUUAUACACAUAUGGUUUGUUUUAUAAAA